AUGGUGACCAUAUUCAAAUCAUAUGGGCUUUGGAAUCUGGUAGAGAAGGGAAUUCCAGUUUCAGAUUCGAAGAAGAAGGAGAAGGCAACUGAGGAGACUUCAGAGGAAGAAGAUGAUGAGAAAGCAGCUGCAAUCCUCAUGAAGGAUGCAAAGGCUCUGGGUAUUAUCCAAAAUGCAGUCUCAGAUCAGAUUUUUCCACGAAUAGCAAAUGCAGACUCUGCCAAAGCUGCUUGGGAGCUAUUGCAUGGAGAAUUUCAUGGUGGAGAUCAUGUUAGAUCGGUAAAACUUCAAAAUCUUAGACGUGAAUUUGAAUAUACUAGGAUGCAUGAUAGUGAGUCAUUAUCUACUUAUCUUACUAGACUGAAUGAUCUGAUUAAUCAAAUGAAAACAUAUGGUGAAGUGCUCUCGAAUGAGAGGCUUGUGCAAAAGGUUUUGAUUAGUCUUAGCAAGGUUUAUGACCCCAUUUGUUUAGUGAUUGAAAACACUAAGAGUCUAGAGACUGUGGAGUUGCCAGAGGUAAUUGCUAUUCUGAAAAGUCAAGAGCAGCGAUUUGAGUUGCACAAUGCAGAUGCAACUGAGAAAGCUUUUGCCUCAUUCACAGUGAGUUCAAAAGGUCAGAAUAAAAAUGCAACUAAUUCUGGUCCAUCCAAGGCUCAGAAAAAUUGGAAUCCAAAAGGCAAACCUUGGGAAUCGAAAGGCAAGCCUCAGUGGAAUAAUUCUGCACAGACUCAGAGCUCAUCUACAGGUCAAGAAGCUGUAAAACCCCAAUGCAAGGUGUGCUCCAAGUAUCACUUUGGAGAAUGCAGGUAUAAAGGCAAGCCAAAGUGUUACAACUGUGACAGGUUUGGUCACUUGGCUAGAGAGUGCAUUGCAGAGAAGGCUGUGCAAAAGGCAAACUGUGCAAGUCAAAAGGAGGUGACUGGAAACCUGUUUUAUGCAAACUGCACUACCACUAAGUCAAAACCGAAUGGGGAUUGGUAUAUUGACAGUGGCUGUAGCAAUCAUAUGACAGGAAAUGUGGAUUUGCUUGUUGACAUAAGGACAAAUGUGGCUGGAAAGGUGCAGAUGCCAACUGGUGCUCUUGUGAAUGUGGCUGGCAUGGUUUUUUUUCUGGAAAAAAAUGGUUAA